GUUUCUGUGAAGUUGCCUGCAGGCAGCAGUGAGGAGGGGAUGAGUUGCGGCCACGAAGGAACCUGAGCCCCUCAUCCCUCCAGCUCCCUCCUCGCCUCUCCAAAGUCACACCUUAUCCACACCUUAUCCACACUUCCGCCAGCACUCAUGGCCGACGUUCCCAAACAGGAGCACGACCAGCAAGCGCCGUCAGCGUCGCGCUUUGGUGCAGAGGGUGCGCGCCCUCAGCCCAGCAAUGGCGGCCGAGCCACAGACGUAUGCCCUGAUGGUUGGCUGAGCCCCGAUGAUCCUUUUCAGGGUUUGCUUGGGCUCAGCGAUGACUUUGACUUCUUCGCCAGCCUCCUCUCUUCCUCCACCCCUCCAGCGCAGGAACCAGCUCAGGCACCAGCUCAGGCACCAGCUCAGGCUGCUCCACCAUUCGUCGACAUGCCUCAAUCACGCCAACGGCCACCUCUUCAAGUAUCCCAACAGCAGCCACCAUACAACCAGCAACCACUUCAGCUUUCUCCCACUCUUCUACCAUCACAGCAGCAGCAGCAGCAGCAGCAGCAGCAGCUUCCUGUCCCUCCAUCGCAGCAGCAGCAGCAGCAGCAGCUUCCUCUCCCCUCAUCGCAGCAGCAACAGCAGCUUCCUCUCCCUCUAUCGCAGCAGCAACAGCAGCUUCCUCCCCCUCCUCCCCCUCCAUCGCAGCAGCAACCGUUGGCGGCACCUCAGCCUCCGCCAGCACACGAAUCGCUGCCGCCUCCCGCGCUGCACCAGUUCUGCACCAACCCGACCAUAUCAUUGGAGGAGCACCGGCGCCGCCAUGGCGGGCGUCGUCCCAUGCCGUGCUUCUUCAAGGACCAUGUGAUCGCUCGGCGCACCAUGCCUCCCGAGUUUACGACUGUCCCAGAGUGCUGGUCUGAGCAGUGGAGGAGGGAGCACAAGCGGCGUGGAAGCAGGGGCCGGCAAACCAGGCACAGGAGCAGUCAGAGAGAGAAGAUGGCAGCCCUGGAAGCGGAGAACGCCGACCUGCGGGCAACUGUGGACCAGCUGCGUGCACAGUUGGCAGAAUUUAUGGGGACGCAGCAGCCAGUCUACGUGGCGCCUUUGCCUUGAAUCUUUUGCAGGGACCUCCCUGGGAGUCAGGGGGAAACCAAGCCCCCCCUCUCCCUCUCUCCACACUGUCUUUGUCUCUGUCUCCCUCGCUUCUCCAUCUGUCUGUCUGUCUGCCUGUCUGUCUGCCUGCCUGUCUGUCUGUCUGUCUCUCUCUCUCUCUCUCUCUCUCUCUCUCUCUCUCUCUC